AUGACCCAAGAAGGAAGCGACACUGGAAGAUCAAGCAAAAGAGCCCGUCAAAGCAAAGGUAAAGGGGAAGGUAAACAAGCAAGGAAUGACUCGGUCGAAACCUCAAAUAAGCAAGUCGACAAGACGAUAUCAGAGAGAACCAAACGAUCAUGGGAGACACGACGGGCCAAAUCCGCAAGAGAGGGAAUCGAGGAGAUGGUAAAUGCUCAUGGAGACGGACGUGACCAGGCGGAUGAGAACGAGGCUGGACCGUCCAACUACUCUCAAUCUACCAUCCCGCUUCCCACGUCCGAAUUCCUCUUGUCUAUCCACCACCAUUCCUCUGAAUUCUACACCUCCAACGAGCUAUCAUUCCAACCAUGCAAGAAAGGACGGACAGUCCCAUGGGGAAGUAAAAAGAGGUUAUUAAUCUUACAAGAUGCCGAUCCUGGUUCGAAGAACGACUCGAGGUCUAGUGGUAGUACCAGUACGAGGUCCAAGUCGAGAUCUACAUGGAGGACUGAAGAAGAUGAAGAGCAAGUUGAAGAACCGGAGGAAGAUGAAUUGGAUGAUGAGAACGAUAAGACUGUGAAUGUGAAGAAAGAAUUGGUGGAUGAGUAUGGUGAACUACUCGUGCAAGGUGAUAGACAGACGAACAGAAGUGAAAGUGCAAAUGGGAAUGGGAGGAAAGAAAGGUCAAAGGGGAAAUAUAAGAAAAGAGAUAUGUACAAGGCUAUAGAAGGUGAAGGUCUGAUGGCUUUAGGUAUAUUACUUCAACAACAUAUCAUACAAUCGAUCCAUACAGCUGGAUAUCGCAAACUGGAUCCACAUGCUAUAUCAGCAGAAACAAACUCAUCACGAUCUAGCACGGCACCACAAUCCACGUCAAAGGGGAAGAGUCGAAUGUCCAAGAAGAGAAAGGGUGCACCAUCUAUUGAAGAAGAGGAACAAGAAGAAAGAGAGGUGGAGUCUGAAGAAGGACAAGAAUCGGAUUCUGAUUCUGCUUGA